UAGGGACUUAAGUCAUCCUGUGUGCCAGACCGCCUAGGUGCUGCAGCUCCAGGAGCAGAGGAGCUGUCAUCUGCUUCCCCCCUCCCCCCGUGGGUCUGAUGCCCUUGGCGACUUCCUAAGAGCAACAGGGGCCCUCAUUUCUUUACAGGGGGCUGUGCCCCCGGGCUCUCCACGCAGUUGCAGAGAGCCAGGACCCGAAUAUUUAAAUCACGAUGGCGUUAAACACGUUUUAAUAUCUGAUAGGGCCAGUUUCUGCGCAUUGCACAUUUUUUUUUCCUUUGAGGAACAUGUUUGGGCCCGCGGCAGGGGGCGGGGUCGCGCCUCCGCCUCGGCUCCGGUUCCAGCAGAGCCUCAGCGACACAGAGAUGGAAAUCCCGAGGCUGCUGCUGGCUCGCCGGACGGCGCAGGGCGGCGGCGGCGGCGGCGGCAGCCCCGCGGGCGGCGGCGGCGGGGUCCACCCAGGCCCCAACUCGCCGGCUUGUCAGGCCCCGGCGCGCCGCCUCCUUCUGCUCCGGGGGGCCCAAGAUGGCGCGGCCAGGCCGCGGAGCGAGGAGGCCCACAGGGCCUCGCGGGGCCCUGGCCCGAGCCCGAGCCCGAGCCCGCUGGCGCCCAGGCCGGAUCUUGCGAUCGGCGGCGGAGGCGACGACUUUUUCCUGUUGCUGCUCGACCCGGUGGGUGGCGACGUGGAAAGCGCGGGCGCGGAGCAGGCCGGAGGGCCGGUGCGGAGGGAGGAGGCCGAGGCGGGCCUGGGGCCCCAGCGGGGCGAGAGCGGCGCGCGGCCCGCCGGCCGCCCCGCGCUAGCCCCCCGCCGGCUGUCGGCCGUGGCGGCGGCCCCGGUGCCCGUGUCGGUGCCCGUGCCGGUGCCGGUGCCCGUGCCCGUGUCGGUGCCGGUGGCGGGCCCCGUGCCGGGCCUGAGCCCCGCGCCGGGCCCCGCGGCGGCCUUCGCGGGCACCAUCACCAUCCACAACCAGGACCUGCUGCUGCGCUUCGAGAAUGGAGUCCUGACCCUGACCACGCCCCCGCUGCCCGCCUGGGAGCCCGGGGUCGCGCCUUUCCCGCAGCCGCAGCCUGGGAGUCCGGCCGCCCCGCCGGCCGGCUUCCCGCACGCCGCUGCGCAGCUGGGCGACUGCCCCGAGCUGCCGCCCGACCUCCUGCUGGCCGAGCCGGCCGAGCCCGCGUCGGCGCCCGCGCCGGCGCCCGAGGAGGAGGCGGAGGGCCCGGCCGCGGCCGCCCAGAGCCCCCGCGGGCCGCUGGUGCCCGGCCACCCGGGCGUGGUGCUGUACCUGUGCCCCGAAGCGCAGUGCGGACAGACGUUCGCCAAGAAGCACCAGCUGAAGGUGCACCUGCUGACGCACAGCAGCAGCCAGGGCCAGCGGCCCUUCAAGUGCCCCCUGGGCGGCUGCGGCUGGACCUUCACCACGUCCUACAAGCUCAAGCGGCACCUGCAGUCGCACGACAAGCUGCGGCCCUUUGGCUGCCCGGUCGAGGGCUGCGGCAAGAGCUUCACCACCGUGUACAACCUCAAGGCGCACAUGAAGGGCCACGAGCAGGAGAACUCGUUCAAGUGUGAGGUGUGCGAGGAGACCUUCCCCACGCAGGCCAAGCUCAGCACCCACCAGCGCAGCCACUUCGAGCCCGAGAGGCCCUACCAAUGCGCCUUCUCGGGCUGCAAGAAGACCUUCAUCACCGUCAGCGCCCUGUUCUCCCACAACCGCGCCCAUUUCAGGGAGCAGGAGCUCUUCGCCUGCUCCUUCCCGGGCUGCAGCAAGCAGUACGACAAGGCUUGCCGCCUGAAAAUCCACCUGCGCAGCCACACGGGCGAGAGGCCCUUCCUCUGCGACUUCGACGGCUGCGGCUGGAACUUCACCAGCAUGUCCAAGCUCCUGCGGCACAAGAGGAAGCAUGAGGACGACCGCAGGUUCACCUGCCCCGUGGAGGGCUGCGGCAAGUCCUUCACCAGGGCCGAGCACCUCAAAGGCCACAGCAUCACCCACCUGGGCACCAAGCCCUUCGUGUGUCCCGUGGAAGGCUGCUGCGCCAGGUUCUCGGCCCGCAGCAGCCUCUACAUCCACUCCAAGAAGCACCUGCAGGACGUGGACACGUGGAAGAGCCGCUGCCCUGUGUCCACCUGUAACAAACUCUUCACCUCCAAGCACAGCAUGAAGACCCACAUGGCCAAGAGGCACAACCUGGGCCAGGAUCUCCUGGCGAAGCUCGAGGCGGCCAAUUCCCUCACGCCCAGCAGCGAGCUGACCAGCCAGGGUCACAGUGACCUCAGCGGGCCCGAGAUAGCGUCUCUCUUCUCCGAUGUGCCUGGCGCCGGCUCUGCCUCUGCUGUGCUGGACACGGCCUUGGUCAAUUCGGGCAUCCUGACGAUCGACGUGGCUUCCGUGAGCUCCACUCUGGCCGGGAGCCUCCCGGCCAGCAGUCCAGACGCCCUGGGGCCCGCUGUGGACGCCCGGGCCCUGAGGGCCGCCAGCGACCUGCCCCAGAGCCUAGACACCUCCCUCUUCUUCGGAACCACGGCCUCUGGCUUUCAGCAGAGCCCCCUGGAUCUGGAAGAUGUCUCCAAUGGGAGCGUGGGGCCCCUGGGCUCCCUCAGCUGUCUGGCCAUGAAGAGUGCAAGUCCGGAGCCCCAGGCUCUGACCCCCAGCAGCAAGUUGACAGCGGACACGGAGGCCCUGACUCCUUCCAGCACCCUCUGUGAAAACAGUGUCUCAGAACUCCUGACUCCCGCCAAAGCCGACUGGCACGUGCAUCCCGACUCGGACUUCUUCGCGCAGGAGGAAGACAGCCAGUUUGGCUUCACCAAUCCCACGGGAAACCACGGCUGUCACAAAGAGACAGAUCUGAUCGCAGUGGCGGGCAGCUCCUUUUUGGUAUGAACCGACUCUGUCCGUUCCCUGCCGCGGGGCUGGGGGGCUUGCUUUUAUUUCGCCUGCUCGCUGGUCUUUGAGGGGGUGCUGUACCCAAUGCUUCCUGCUUGCUGUGGGAUGCUUUCUCACUGCUUUGCCAAACAGCCCCUCCCUCCCUCCCUCCCUCCCUGGACUGCAAGUGUGGAGAUUUUCGUUCUCAUCUUGAGUGCAACUGACAAGUUCUGUGGCCCUCAGGGAGUCACUUAACUUCUCUGAGCCUUAAUAUCCUUAUUUAUAAAAGGAGGUGGUUUCAUUCGAUUGCUCCAUGGUCUUUUCACCUCUGUAUUUUAAUGUUUUUAGGAUCAUUGUAUGUAAAUUUAAAGUAUUUUAUGCUGACUAAUCAUUGCCUAUGCUUCUAAUGUAAUAAUAAGUGCUUUCAUUGCUUUGAAUUUGAAUGAGCAUAGUUAGAGGAAUUAUACCUUUAAAUAAUUUGACGAAAUUUUUAUAGUGCCAAAUAUUAUACCCAUGUGUAGUGUACCAAAAAGCUCAAAAAUGUUCUUUUUUCAUUACACAUCAGGAUAUCUUUUUCUCAGAUUGGAUUCUUCUUUAUUGUGAAAAAUACCCAGCUUUGUUAUUAGACCCCAAUGAUGUUUUGCCUCCGUGCUUUUAAUUAUGUGGCCUUAAAGUAAACAUGUAGUCUGGGUAAGCCUUAGUUCCCUAGCUUUAAAAUACUUAUAAAAUGUACAGUUUUCCAAUACAUAUUGGACUUCCUUUUCUGUCCUAAUAAUUGUUAUUGAAAGGGAAACUAUGUUUUAGUGUGCUUUUGUGAACAGUAUUACUUUCCCUGUGCUUUUAAUUCCUUCCUCUAAGAGGAGAAAUUCACAUAAUAGGAUAUCACAAUUUUGUAGACAGUGAAGUGUUAUAAGUGCUAAGAAGAAGGGAAGGGAAUUAGUCUUUCUACAAAUUGAGUUUUCUUCACACAAUCCUUUUCUUCUCACGUAACAUUGCUGACAUUUCCAUGUGAUUUUCUUGAGCUCAAACUCAAAGUCAGCUCUGGCCCUGGGUAUAUAUUCUACUGUUCCAAGAAAAUCUGGGAAUUGACCAGUGGGAAAUUUUCUCCCCUUUGCCCUAGAGAGCUCACUGCUUGCCUUCUGUGAAAUGAGACACUUUGUUUGCAUUUUGACUAGAUCAUAUCUUCCCUUAUAUGAGCGCAGCAUUUUCCAGAUUAUGUAGAACUUUCACACUUAGCCUAUCUGAUAAUCACAGUCUUUUAAGCUAGUUAUAGCAAUCACUACUAUGAUUGAUUUUAAAAUUGAUGUUACAAAUGGAUUUUUAGUACAUAUAUAUGUAUGUGUGUUAUAUGUGUAUGUGGUAUGUGCAUGUGUAUGUAUAUAUGUAUUAUAUAUAUAACUUAUAUAUAUGCCAAAAUAUGGAGGAUAUAUUUCUACCUCUCCCAUUCUACCCUUGUGAAUUUCAUGAUCAGUUUGUUUAUAACCAUUGCUCUAUUCCACCUUAUUCAAUAAAUGUUACCUUCUGCCUGUUCAGCUUCCUUUGUACCCUAUUCCUUGUAUUUGUAUACCAGUCCUUCUCAUGCAUCUUCUUUAUUUAUUUUUAAAUUAGAUCUCCUUUGUAUUCAACAUUGGUCAGUCAUUCUCCUCGUGGUCUAUUUUUCAGCCACAGUAUUUACUGCAAGUCUCUGUGUGCACUGAGAAAUUAUUUUGUGGAUUCAGAUGAUAAUAUGUUUAUAUAUGAAUCUGAUGUUAUUGGUGAUAUUUUAUAUAAGGUUUUAAGAAGUACUACUUUUCUAAAUUUUUUACCAUGUAGUUCUGCUAUCAAGUACUAUUAUUUGUUUUGAAACAUGCAAAUGGUGUACUGUUUACAUGUGAAUACUUAGAGCAACAAUUAUCGUAGUACUGUGGCAGUGCACUUUAUAAUUUACCACUUUGAAUUGUAUCUGUGCUAUCUUUAUAAUUCCUAAGUUGGAUAUAGUUAUUCAGUGAAAAGGUAAAAACUACUUAAAUUUGUAAUUUAAAGAAAUAAAAUUUUAUUGUGUCCUAGCAUUUAAGAGCUCUUGCUCAGCACUUUGGAAGGAUGUUAAGCCUGUUUUAGAUAUGCAUUUUCAUUAGUUAAAGCAAUUUGUAUUCUCUUAGAUUAUUCUGCUUUUCUUGUAGAAAAGAAUGUGUGAGCCAAAAGUCUAUGUACACAGGUCAUAGGCAUCUAUUAAAAUAGGUAUCCAUAGAGAUAUUUAAAAAUGUG